AUGGAACCAUCCAUUGACCCUUCCACUGGCAGCCCCCUUCCCGCAGACGCCAUCCAAAGAAUCCUCUUCAUUGCGCCCACGGUGCACGUAUAUAACAUACCGCCUCUUACCAGUACAAAGGGCUACGUCGCUGCCUCAUGGACCGCCGACAACAACAAGCGUCAGAUUUUCAGCGCGCGAUUACGAGUUCUUGAAACGGCCAUUCCGAAGCCGAAUAAUGACAAUGAGGAGACAGUGAAGACAGAUAUAUUGCUUGAGGAUCCAAGCAAUGGGCAGUUAUUCGCAGCAGCCCCGUACACCAUACCAGCGGUGGUUGAGCAGGUCUUAGAUUCGUCGAGAUUCUUCGCCCUAAGGGUUCAGGGUGAAGGAGGAAGGAAAGCGGUUCUAGGAAUUGGGUUCGAGGAGAGGAGCGACGCUUUUGAUUUCAGCGUCGCCCUGCAGGAAGCGAGAAAGGCUUUAGGAAUUGAUGCUAGUAGCGAUGGGGGAGCUGGAGGCAAGAAAGCCUCCAAGGCGAAGGAGAAAGUUCCAGAGAAGAAAGACUUCAGCUUGAAGGAGGGGGAAACCAUCACGGUGAAUAUUGGAGGGCGAGGCAGGAGGAAUCCUCCCAAGAAAGAGGGCUCGGGAGAGGCCUCGGGCAGUUUCCAGUUACCACCUCCUCCUCAAGGAGGCUCGUUCCUGCCUCCACCACCAAGCGCCCAAGAAGUCAAGGCCCAGAAGAGACUCAGCCAGAAUAGCGCCCCCCCAGCACCUGGCUCCAUGGAAGAUUUAGGGUUUGAUGACGGUGAAUUUGGAGAGUUUCAAUAG